AAGAAUUAGACAAUUUCAGUCACGACUCCCGGAUCCAUGUAAAUUUUGCUUCUAAUCCCUACAAAAAAAUUAUAGCUUUGUUUCAAUUAUUUACAGUUUAAAUAGACAAGUGAAGUUUUGUUACAGGCAUGGGAAGGAUGGGUGGAAUAAAAUGGGAGAAGGCGAGUUCUUGUAGACCAGUUCAUAAUAUAAUCUCAUCAGAUUUCCCCAAGUACAACCCUCAACCUUGGAAGUUUAUGGAGGGAAAGUCUCGAAUUGAAUGGUUAUUAUCAUAUGAAUACCACAGGAUGUGGUUAGAAGAAAGGGAAGCUUGGAAAAAACGAAUGUAUCCAGAGAAUACUACCGUUAGCGUUGACAUAGUUAAAAGUUACGUUCUGACCUUUAAAACAAAUCAUCAAGCGCCAAAACCGGAGAAGAAGAAGCCAUUCAAAAUGAAAAAAUUUGAAGGUGUAGGAAGUAAGACCGAAAAUAAACGUCCAGCAGGCGACAAGGCAAUGGGCUUUGAGAAAGAAAAAAAGAAACAAAAGCCUCCGGAGAAAACGAAAUAGCGGGAGUUGUCCAUAUUGUUAUUUCAUACUUAUUAUUAUGUACACAAGUUUUUUUAUUAUUUUACGAA